AUGGCUUACCCAACUCCCCUGACCACCACCAUCGAGAACCCUCGUCUGAGGCUACUCAACAAGCUCAAGGCUGGAGAGUACCCUCUGAUGACGUUCAUGGCCAUCCCUUCCGUACGCAUGGCCCAGAUCGUCGCCUUGACCGGCGUCGACGGUAUCAUUAUCGACUGUGAGCACGGACACAUUGGCGACGAUGCCAUGCACAACUCGGUAGCUGCUAUUUCAUCACUGGGCGUCUCACCCGUGAUCCGUAUUCGCGGCCCCGCACAUGAUAUUAUCAAGCGUGCCCUAGACACUGGUGCCCACGGCAUCAUGGUUCCCCAGAUCAACACAGCUGAAGAGGCCGAGCAAAUCGUUGCCUCCUCCAAAUUUCCCCCACAGGGUGUGCGCGGCCAAGGCUCCGCCUUUCCUGCCAUCGGCCACGGCCUCACUACCCCAGAAUACAUGAAGUCGGCCAAUGAGACCUUGAUCACCAUGAUCCAGAUCGAGACCCGCGCUGGCGUUGAAAAUGUCGAGGCCAUUUGCGCCGUACCCGGCGUGGACAUGGUCUUUAUCGGCCCCAACGACCUGGCCCAGUCGCUCCUGGGCUACACGCCCGCCCGCGGCGACGAGCCCGAGUUUGUGGCUGCCGUGGACAAGAUCAUUGCCGCUGCGCGGAAACACGGCAAGUGGGCGGGCCGCAUGGUCAACAAUGGCACCGUGGCCAAGGAGUCCCGGGAUCGGUACGACAUGGUGGCCAUUACUGGCGACACCAAGGCGAUUCAAAACUGGUACAUUGCCGAGUUUGAGAUUGCUAGGUCAUGA